CUCCUCCAUCUCAACCCUAAAUUUUUGUUAUUAUUGUAUUUCACCUGUGUAUGUGUCGUAAAGGCCAAUUUCUAUGGUCAUUCUAUUGUUUGUGGAUUUUUGUUUUUUGUGUUUGAUUAUAUGAACGAAUUUGUGAUUAGUAACAAUUUUCUUUUAGAAAGAAGCUGCGAGAAAGGAUAUGGGUUCUACAUUUUUUGAUGCAAACUUGUAUCCACAAGGUUCUACGGGUGGUGUUCCAGAGCCCCUUCACCCUAAACCUGGUAUGUUAAAGUAUUUGAUAAGAUAUAGAUGCUUGAACCACUCAGUUUAACUGCUUUUCAUUUGUAUUAGGACUUUGUUCGGCUUCCUUGGAAAAACCAGUCUAGCCAGAACAUUCAAUGCCUGCUAGUGUUUCUAUUCAAUCUGCUAACAGUGGCUUAACUUAUCCGGUGGGAAAGAAAUUGAGAAAGGUAGAAGGUUUGUACUUCGUGCCCCAGUAUAAGACGGAGAGUGAGAAUGAUGAUGAGGAUGACAAAGCGUUGGUGGUAUCCAGCACUGGAAAACACUUCACUUGUGAUGACCUUUAUCUAAGUGACAGUGAUGAUUCCUAUGUUGACCUUGAUUUUGAAGUGCAACCUUAUCUGAUGAAUAAAGUUGGGGAGGUAGAAGGUGCCUUGAUUGAGUUGGCACACGAACAUCAUUUAAGGGUUACCGAUGAAGUCAGGAAUAAGAUAUCAGCUUUGAAGACAGCUCUACUGAAUGAAAGUCAGAACUCUCUUUCUUCCCUUCUUCGAGUUGAGAAAUACAAAGAAACCAGGCAGGAGUUGGAUAAAAAGUUUGACACUCAAUAUCAACGCCAAAGCUCCUCUAGAAUUGUCUACAUUCUUAAUAUGCUUUAUAAGAGGUCAAAUAAUGGGUUAUUUAGUAUGACGGUGCUUUAG